AACAAUCCUGAUUAUAUUACGAUCAUUGUUCAAGGUCAAAAUACUAGAUUUACAAUCAACUACAAGAGUAAAGUUAAUUAGUGUCUGUGUCCUGUUUUCUUAAAAAUGAAUCAAUAAAAAAACAGUAAAUGAGCAGUUAUGAUCAUAAUUGUUACUGUGACAAUUAACCAAAGUUACAGUGAUUAAGACGGAAAUCCUUUUCUAUUGAUCAUGAUAAUUUAAAUUCAGGAAAAGAAAAGUUGGAGCAUCAACAUGUAUCAUUUACAUUGGAAGGAUGAAAUGUACGAAAGUCUAAUAUCAAUAUCGAAAUGAAAUAUCGACGACUGGGUGUAUAUUCAGGGUACUCAGAAUGCGAUGUUGAUGAUAACGAAUGGAAACAGAGCAGAGAAACCGAUAAUUGUAGAUUCUUCUCCCCAUCAACUUGAAACUAUUAAUAAAUUCUCAGUGUGAGUAUCAACCUAAGGGAAGAAAAAGAUUAUCGAAGGAAAAAAAGAAGAAAAGAAAAAAUUUCCACCAUGAAUCUUUUCUCUCUCUCUCAUGAACUGAAUUUCUCUUGAUUUUCCUUUGCUAGUUGAGAAAAGGUGGUAAUGCGCUUAAGUGUAUUUCGAACUUGUGUGUGAAUGAGGACGAAGUCUCUUCUUGUAAACGAAUGUCGAAAGUUAGUGAUGGAGAAAGAGAACACACAGAGUAGAAAAGAAAAAGAUGAAGAAGAGAAAUUUAUUCGAAAAAAUUGAGAGAGAGAAAAAAAAUUCGAAAGAAAAAAUGAAAGAAGAUGAUGAUGAAGACAGAAUCAUUUUAAGAACCGAAAUUGGGCCAACAAAGAUAUAAUUCACUCUACUCAACAUAACCAAAUUUAACCACCAUGUUAAUGGUUCCUUUUUCUUUUCUCUGUCUAUUUGUCUUUCUUUCAAAUUUGUCGACAUGUUGUUCAUCUUUUUAAUCAUCAGCAAUUCAGAUUCUCUUUUCGUCUUCAAUAAACUUUUACUUCUUCAUCUAAAUUUAGUUUCUCGUUGUUUGGAUGUUUAGUUUUUACGAAUUGAAGAUUCAGUUCAGCUUCAGUUACGAUAAUCAGAAUAUUUUUUUCUUCUUCUUCAUUUGUACCUUUUAAUUUUAAUUUCUCUUUCUUUUCUUCCUUUCUUUUUCCAUGUAAUCAAAUUAAAUUUGAUGAUGAGGUGAAACAAUGAAGAAUGAAGAAAGAAUCAAUCAAUUAUCAACAACAAUCACAACAACAACAACAACAACAAUAUCAGCAGCAAUUAAUUCACCAAGAGACAAAUCAACAAGUGUAUCAACAGGAACCAUUUUAUCAACAACAACAACAAGGUAAUGAAGUGAUUAAACCUGGAUCAUCAUCAGCACCUUCGGUAACGGGUGGAGGUCGAUUUGACUUCGAUGAUGGUGGUGUUUAUGUCGGUGGAUGGCAAGAUGGUAAAGCUCAUGGUCAUGGUAUUUGUACAGGACCUAAGGGUCAAGGUGAAUACAGUGGAUCGUUUAGUUUCGGGUUUGAGAUUUGUGGUGUUUACAAGUGGCCCAGCGGAGCGAUUUUUGAAGGCCAGUGGUCAAAUGGUAAACGCCAUGGGUGUGGUGUUGAGUACAGAGGAAAGUGGGUUUAUAAAGGUGAAUGGACUCAGGGUUAUAAGGGUCGAUAUGGUGUUCGAGCUUCUUUAUCUUCAGCCAAAUACGAGGGAACUUGGGCCAAUGGGCUUCAAGAUGGUUAUGGAUCGGAAACCUAUGCAGAUUCGGGCACUUAUCAGGGUCAAUGGUUGCGAGGAAUGAGACAUGGUUAUGGUGUCCGUUCAUCGGCACCUUAUGGUCAUUGUAAUGUGACCAAAGCUGCUUUGAUUAAGAACCAAACUAACCUUUCGAUUCAAUCUCUUGACACUGAAGGUGAAACGGAUUCGACUAUUUUUGAUUCAGUGAAAAGAGAUUCGACCAUGAGAGGUGGAUUUGUGUUGGUUGUGAAAAGUUCAUCUUCAUCGACGACAUCCAAUGGUCGACGGCGACACAAUUCGCUAGGUGAUAAAACAUCCCCAUCAUCAGCAUCGAACCAAAAGACUGGAUUUCUUCGAGGUCUUCGAUUGAAGAAGCAAAAGUCAACAGGUGACAUAGAUUUAAGAUCAAAUCGUUCAUCGUCUUCUUCGGUUGCUUCUUCAAUCGAUUCGGCCUCAUCUGCACCACUUGGUAAUAAACACUUAAGUCGUGAUCAUAUCGAUCCAGAUACAAUAUCGAAUUCAUCUUUUCUUUCACAAGAAGGUGACAUUGCUGACCCUUCGACAACCGAAACUUACAUGGGCGAAUGGAAGAACGAAAGGUCAGGUUUCGGAAUUUGUGAAAGAUCAGAUGGACUUCGCUAUGAGGGUGAAUGGUACAACAAUAAAAAGUACGGCUAUGGGGUGACCUUUUUUCGCGAUGGUUCUCGUGAAGAAGGUAAAUAUAAGAAUAACUGUUUGGUGACCAAUGCGAAAAAGAAACACCUUUUCGUCCUUCGAUCAUCUAAAUUAAGAGAACGCAUUGAAUCAGCUGUUGCUGCCGCUCGUCAAGCUCAACAAAUUGCCCUACAAAAAGCGGAUAUUGCCAUUAGUCGAACGGCCACAGCUCGAAGUAAAGCCGAACAAUCAGAUGGAGUUGCUGCUCAAUCACGAACGGAUUCAUCGCUUGGAUAUAAAAUAGCAAAACAAUAUGGCGGUUCUGAUGUUGCUCAUGGCUUAUCUCAGCCCGAUGCUCCACUUCGAGGUCGAUUAUCCAAUUUCCCGUCAAUUCGACGAGGUAAUCGUUCGGGUGAUCAUUCGGUGAAUGGAUCACGUCAGUAUCUUGACUUUAAUGAACCUUUUGGUGGUCGUCGUGGUUCAUUUCGUACGGGAUCUAAUCCUUCAAUCUCAGGAGGAGGAGGAAAUCAUGAUCACCAACAAAUAUCACCAUCACCAUCUCCAACCUCAUCAUAUAAUUAUCAGAAUCAACGACAACAACAACAACAACCACAGCAUUCAAGUUCAUUACAAUUUACAACGGGAAAUCAAGGAAUAAAUCGUGGACCCAAUCAAAUAUCACAACAUCAUGAUUCCCAACAAUACAUUAAUCAAAAUCAACAACAUCAUCAACCUAAACAACAGAUUUACAUUAAUAAUAAUGAAAUUGAUCCAUUAAACGAUCACUUGGAUCAUUAUCAAAAAUUAGUUUCUCGUUAUGGUAAAACAAGUAAACCUCCGUUACCGGACAAUAUUUUAAGUAACCGAUUCAAUAGAUCACAAAAUGUAAUCACGGCAAAUUUGGAUAAAGUUUAUGGGACAUCAACGGGAACCAGUUCAAUUGAUUCAGGGCGAGAAAGUGGUGAUCAAAGUGAUUCAGGACUCAAAUUACCACCAGUGAUCGAUAUGUCAUCCGAUUCAACAAGAGCACCAACAAGAACCGCAUCACUUUAUCGUCUUCCAACCGCAACAACAACAAUCAACAGUGGAUCAAAUAACAAUGCCAGAGGCGGAAUAAGUUCCGGUGGUGGCGGAGGUGGAGGUGGCCUCAAAAGGAAACCAUCAUUACAAUCAAUCUCUAGUAAGACACCAAUUAAGGAGCCGAUGAUGAGUAGGGAAGAGAUUUCCGUGCUCUCUCAUGCCACUCGGGAACAUCGUCGACAGGAAGCGGAAACGGCGGAAAGAUUGGCCCAUAAUCCGUUACUUUAUUUUGUCGACCCUCGAUUUAGGGACUGGUUAAAUCGUCAACAAAUAAUCAUCGCAGUUAUAUUCAUUAAUAUCACCUUAGCAAUUAUAUUUUUUAAAUUAUUAGGCUAAUGAUCAUCAUCUCACUUUGUUUUUUUUUGUUCUUUUUUUAAAUUCAAUUUAAAUCAUUCGAAAAUAUCAAUUGUUUAAUCACUUGUUGAAUCGACAUUAAUUUAUUAACUAAAUCGCGAUUGUGAUCUGCUAUUUGGAAAUCGUUUAGUUUACAUCAACUACUAUUCACUUAUUUGAUUGAAUUAGCGAAAGGAACAAGGUUGUGAACGAUUGUUUCAUUUCGUGGUUUGAUUAUUUAACUGCAAUCGAAACGAAAUUUAAACUAAUUGUUAAAUCAAUUUAAUCAUAAUCACUAUGAACACUUUUUGUUUUUCCAUCACAACAAUUAACUUAAUCAAUGCUGCCAAAUUAAAUUGUCUCCGAAUUUUUUUGUUAUCCAAUUGUGAUU